UUAAUAUCACUAUAUAUGUAGUUGUUGAUGUUCCAUUCCAUCCACCGGAGAGUGAAUUUUCAACAACAACUAAAAUCCGAGUUGAGUUCGGAACCGAAACCAGAAUCACCAUUUUCUUUCUCUUCACCCUUUCUUUUCGGUGAUUCUCUCCGAUCCAAUCCAUAGAUUCACCAUUAACAACAACGAGAUCGAGAUCCAUGUUGUUCGCAUCUUCACUCCUAUUUUUACCUUUAUUCUUAAUAUUUAUAUCUUCCAUUCUAUUUACCUCUUUCGCAUCCAUUCAUAUCUAUAAUCAUGAACCGUUUCAAGAUGUCGGUAAUGCUUUUCUCCUCUCCGGUGGCAGCGAAGGCAUCGCCGCCUCACUCACCGCCGUUACACAUCCUGAUUCCAUCCAUGAUGGACGUUCUUACAUUCGAUUUGAGAAUAUAACCUUUAGGAGAAGAAAAUAUGAAGCCAAGGCGCGUGGUACAGUGCCAGUACACAUUAUUAUUUUUGAGGCUGCUGACCGUGAUGAUAUAGGCGGUUCUGUUUAUGGCGGACAACGAGCAAUCUGUUGCACCCGUGAUUUAGCAAAGAUGGGAGGUUGUAAGCAAGGAGAGGUUAUCAGGAGAGCUUCUGCAACGGAUAUUAAUUGGCCAGUCAUUGUAGAUGUUUAUUUCGAGGGGAAAUCCCGAAUCGCUAGUUUAGAUUCUAAAGAAGUUCCUAUCACAAAGACUGGAAUGUAUAAUUUGUUUUUUGUAGCUUGUGACCCCAAGCUCAAGGAAAUUGUAAUGACUGGGAAGACAAUCUGGAAAAACCCUGAUGGGUUCUUACCUGGUAGAAUGGCUCCAUUAAAGAAGUUCUAUGUAUAUAUGGCACUGGCUUAUAUCUUCCUUGGGCUAAUUUGGCUCCUUCAGUAUGUGAGGUUUUGGGAUGAUGUACUGCAACUUCAGCACUGUAUCUCAGCUGUCAUUGCUCUUGGAUUGUUUGAGAUGAUUCUCUGGUAUUCUGAGUACGCCAAUUUCAACAAUACUGGAGUCAGGCCUAUUAUGGUCACAACAUGGGUUGUUACAAUUGGAGCUAUAAGAAAAACGAUAGCAAGGCUUCUCAUUCUCUCUGUUUCCAUGGGUUAUGGUGUUGUGCGGCCCACUCUUGGCGGUCUUACAUCAAAGGUCCUUUUACUUGGAAUAACUUACUUACUUGCCUCAGAGUUGCUGAAUAUUACUGAAUAUGUGGGGACCAUUAAUGAUGUAUCAGGAAGGGCAAGGCUCAUUCUAGUUCUUCCUGAUGCUUUCUUGGAUGCAUUUUUGAUUUUAUGGAUUUUUACUUCUCUGUCAAAAACACUGGAACAGUUACAGGCAAAACGGAGUUCUGUUAAGUUGGAUAUAUACAGGAAAUUCUCAAAUGCACUACUAGUAACGGUGAUCUCCUCAGUUGUUUGGAUAGGUUAUGAGGUACUGGACCUAUUCCUUUGUAUUUCCUAUUUCUUACAAGUGGUCAAGUAAUGGUCUGGUAAAAAUAUAGUAAUGUGAUUCAUUUGGAGAAGAGAGAAACGAAUGAGGAUAACUUGCAAGAAGGAACCAAAAUACCAUAAAACACAUCCAGUGUCAAUGUAUAGGUGUAUGUCUCCCAGCUAAGGACUCUUGCCUCUGAGAUAGGCAUGUCUUUGCCCUAGCUCCCUCAUGUGUGGAAACUGGCUACUCCUUUAGAGUUUAUCUAUGCUGUUUUGCCUGCAGGGUAGAAAUGCUAGCAUUUGUGAUUAACAUUGAGGAAGCUUAACUUGUAAAAUGGAACUUGUAAUAAUCUGUUACUUUUUCUUUGGUUAAUAUCAAGUGCAUAUGUGAGAAGAAGACUAAGAGGCUUCUGAUUAGAAAAGGGAGAGGAAGACCUGCGAAAAUAAUAAGAAAAUCAAUGGUCUUACAAAAAAGUUGAUUUUUGAUAGAGGUCAAUGGUACUGAUCCAUGUAGCUGACCUACCUAUUGGAAUAAGGCUUGUUAUUAUUACAUUCAAAUAUCAAGAAAACAAAUUAUUUAUAGAGAAGAGGCAGCUCAAAGACCGUUGUCAAAGAAUCCCUAACAAAUUAGAAACUAAGGAGUAUGCAAAAAGUUCACGUGCAUUGAAAAUAAAGUUCAUCCAGUGGGUCAUGAAUCAAGUAACGACUAAGUGGGAUUCUUCACUUUAGGGAUACAUUUGAAAGAAACAUUCCAGAGAUCUUUCUGUCUCUGGUUUUAAUUGUGUUUGACUUAUCUGAAACUUAUCUCUAUUUCAAGUAAACUACUGAAAUGCAGUUUUCUUAUGCAAUUAUACUGUCAUCAUGUAGCAUUCUUCAAAAAAGAAUUAUCUGGGCCACCAGCAUGU